CGAGCUGGACCGCUACAUCGUCGGCCAGCGCGAGGCCAAGCGCGCGGUCGGCUACGUCGGCCGCGACGUGGAGUCGAUCGUGCGCGAUCUGGUCGAGAUCGCCAUCCACAUGACCCGCGCGCGGCUGCGCCGCGAGGUCACCGCCAAAGCCGAGCUGAACGCCGAGAACCGCAUCAUCGACUCCCUGGCCGGGCCCAACGCGCGGCCCGAGACCCGCGAGUCCUUCCGCCGCCGGCUGCGCGACGGCGAGCUGGGCGACGCCGAGGUGGAGCUGCAGCUUCAGGACACCGGCGGCAUGCAGCUCCCGACCAUGGACAUCCCCGGCAUGCCCGGCGCCCAGAUGGGCAUGAUCAACCUGGGCGACAUCUUCGGGAAGGCCUUCGGCGGGCGCACCCAGACCAAGCGCCUGAAGGUCUCCGAGGCCUACGAGCCGUUGAUGGCCGAGGAGUCCGACAAGCUGAUCGACCAGGAGCGGGUGACCGAGGAGGCGAUCCGCGCCGUCGAGAACAACGGCAUCGUCUUCCUCGACGAGAUCGACAAGAUCACCGCGCGCAGCGACAGCCGCGGUGGCGCCGACGUCAGCCGCGAGGGCGUGCAGCGCGACCUGCUGCCGCUGAUCGAGGGGACCACCGUGGCGACCAAGCACGGCCAGGUGCAGACCGACCACAUCCUCUUCGUCGCCUCCGGCGCCUUCCACAUCGCCAAGCCCAGCGACAUGCUGCCCGAGCUGCAGGGCCGCCUGCCGAUCCGGCGCAUCCUGACCGAGCCGGAGAACUCGCUGAUCCGCCAGUACGAGGCGCUGAUGGCCACCGAGGGGGUCACCCUGGCCUUCGAGGAGGCGGCGAUCGACGCCCUGGCCGACCUGGCCGCCGAGAUCAACGCCUCGGUCGAGAAUAUCGGCGCGCGCCGGCUGCAGACCGUGAUGGAAAAGCUACUCGAGGAGCUCUCCUUCACCGCCACCGACCGCACUGGCGAGACCGUGACCGUGACCGCCGAACAGGUGCGCGAGCGCGUCGGCGUGCUGGCCCAGAACGCCGACCUCAGCAAGUUCAUCCUGUAG